UGAUCCCAAAAUUCAAAGAAAUUUUGUUGAGAUAUGAACUUUUUAGUCACUCGUUCUUCUUUUUUUUCAGAAAUCAUGGGCAGAAAUUAAGGCUGUGAUCCAAUUCGUGAAACCAGAGGCUGUUUUUUUGGAGCUGUGCGCUAGUCGCCGUCAUAUUCUUACGCCUGAUAAAAAGAUGCCAACCUUGCAAGAUAUGGUGCAUAUGUGGAAGAAAAAUGAAAGUAUUUAUUCAAUUCUAAACAAGCUGACUGCUGCUGAGAUUUUUCGUGAAUAUAAUCAUGCUGCGGUCGGUGGAGAUGUUCGUGCUGCAUAUAUCGAAGCAACAAAAUAUGGUGCCAAGGUUAUACUUGGUGAUAGACCUGAAGAGAUUACAGAUUUGAGAUAUUGGGCCAACACGUCUCUUUUGCAUCUCUACCUGAAAUCCAAAAGAGGAUCACGCUUUAGGUUGCCAAAAGACCUCGCCGAGAAGGUAAUGGAGGCACGAAAGACUGGGAAGGUUGAUGCUGACACGAUGAAACAAGUGAUUUGUGAGCUGACCGAGCAAGAUCCUAUCGGUUCAAAAAUUGUUAUCCAUGAGCGCGACCAGUAUAUGUCCUUCAAAUUAUUAGAAGUCGCAUGCCAACAUAAGUCCGUCGUUGCUGUUGUGGGGGAGGCUCACGUACCCGGAAUCCAAAACAACUGGAAACAACAUGUUGAGGUGGAGCAGCUUCUCAACGUCCCACUUCGAACGAAAAUGCUUAGAAUUGCAAUAAGAGUUGCACAGGUUGCAUGUCUCUAUGGCACUUAUCUUUACUUCGAUGAGUUGAAACAAGGAUGGAUACAAUUUGUUGAGGCUCUUCCAAAAGUUCCAAAAGAUCGAGUGGAUUGAUUCGAUUUCGAUUCUCCCGUAUGAGUGUCUCAAUUUUGCCAUUGAAGCUAAGCCAUAUACAUCAUUUGGGCCCGAAUUCUGCAGCCCAUAACAUUUAUUGGGUCAGGCCAUGGCUGAAUACAGUUUUCUCAAAUAAAAAACUUACCUUGGGCUCUAUAAUUAGCCACUCGCGCUCUAUACACACAACGAUAAAAGAGGCCUAACAAUUACCAA